AUAUGCGAAUGAAUGUAUUAACAGCUUUAGCCAUAACUUGUUCGCUAUCCUGAACAAUAACCUCCAUACUAGAACGCGCUCUGAUUGAACAUAGAACGUUAACUAACCGGGCUGCAGCUGCUCAGACCGAGCUCGAAUCCGAGGUCUUUUCCGACAACUCUUCGACUCCAUUGUACGACUACUCCCGUCGCACAGCUCUACGCUCGGCCCCAUCGUACGACUACCUCUCGUACGGCUCCACGCUCGAUUCUCGUUGUGCGAUCCUACGGCGUCGUCCUGCACGUCAAUUGCAUUUGUGCGACGCGUUCCCCAAAUCGCGUCGAUUGAGAAAGACAACACCAACAAUCAGUGCCGCACGCAACAGACAUGGCAGACCCAACAGCUGAACUGGAGAACCUCUUCGAUGAUGAUGACGAUAUCAUGGCCGAAGAAAUAUCACAGCAACCUUUACCGCUGCAAGCUUCUUACUCGGACCCAGAGGUUAUGCUUGCUUUCUACUCCCGCUUGUUUCCCUACCGCUACCUUUUUCAAUGGCUGAACCACUCGCCAUCACCUACGAAAUCUUUUACGCAUAGAGAGUUUGCAUUCACGCUGCAAAACGACGCAUACCUUCGAUACCUCGCUUUCAGCGAUGCUGCUGCUUUGAAGAAGGACGUCCUGAAACUCAACCCAUCACGUUUCGAGAUUGGUCCUGUUUACACUGCCAACCCUCGCGACCGCAAAACCCUACGGAAAGCCGCAUUUCGUCCGAUUGAAAAGGAGUUUGUCGUUGACAUCGAUAUGACUGAUUACGACGAAAUUCGCACAUGUUGUUCGGGCGCAGAGAUGUGUAAAAAGUGCUGGGGCUUUAUUACAAUGGCUAUCAAGACGAUUGAUGUAGCAUUGCGCGAUGACUUUGGGUUUGAACAGAUCCUAUGGGUUUACUCUGGUCGAAGAGGAGCACAUGCUUGGGUCUGUGAUGAAAGAGCUCGAAAUAUGGAUGAUGCAAAGCGACGCGCGAUUGCGACAUUCUUGGAGGUCAUCAAGGGAGGAUCGCAAUCAGGAAAGAAAGUCGACCUGAAGCGUCCAUUACAUCCUUCGGUACAGCGCAGUCUCGACAUCCUCAAGGAUGAUUUCCGCGGACAAGUAUUAGAGGGACAGGACCCAUGGCGAGAGGAGGAAGGAGCGGAGAAGCUGUUGCGUCUCUUGCCGGAUAGGGAGUUGUGCGACGCGCUGAGAAAGAAGUGGAAUGCGCAUACCGGGAGACCUUCAAUCAACAAAUGGGCGGAUAUUGACGCCGUAGCAUCAAGUGGAGCAUCCAAAACCUUGGACACCAAGGCAUUGAUGAACGCAAAACAGGAUAUCGUGCUCGAGUACACCUACCCAAGGCUUGACGCUGAAGUCUCGAAGCACACGAACCACUUGUUGAAGUCGCCAUUCUGUGUACACCCAAAGACUGGACGCGUUUGUGUUCCGAUUGACAGCAGAAGACCUGAAGAAUUUGACCCUGAAAGUGUGCCGACUGUCACCCAGUUGCUGAAAGAGAUCGAUGAGUGGAAAACGAAGGGCAAGGAGGAUGCGGAGAAGAUUGAUGAUUGGGAGAAAACGAGCUUGAAGCCAUAUGUAGAGUUUUUCCGGGAUUUCGUGUCAGGGCUCAUGAAGGAGGAGGUUCAGCUGAAGAAGCGAGCAAGAGAAGAAGACAGUACAGUCAAGGUUGAAUUUUAAAUUGGAAUCUUUCAACAUACAAACAUGGGUGGUUUUGUACAAUUCGUCGUUGCGCCCAGUGAAGCGCGACGUCGAGGAGUGCAUCGAAUCCGGAGCCGCAGGGCAGCGGUCUCCAGAGCCCAAGUGCAACGGCCAUACCACACGAAGCAGCUCGUAGACGUCCAAGGCUUUGCUGUCUACCGUAGCAGUGUAGCUGUAAAACAAGAGAUC